AUGCUCCACUUCCACUACGCGAUAUUCCGGAAGGGGCAGUACACCGAGGUGUUGGCCUAUAGCGAGGACAUGCACGACGAUCGUGUAUCCGAUCUAUAUGUGCGUGUUCCUGCCAUUGCCGCUGACCUUUACGCUAUCGUCCCCAGCGACUGCUCUAUCGAGCGCGUUUGGGAGAACGAGCUGCGCUUCGUGCGGCCGACGGACAUGUCGCGCGUCCUCUAUCACAUCUCCUCGCUGCACGGCUUCAUGAUGCCGGUGCUGCAGCCCCGCGCCCUCAACCCUAUCGUUGAGGACUAUCAGGUGCAGCAUUUGCACGCCGUGGUCUCCGAGGAGCUAUUCGAGCGCAUCUUCCGCUUCGCGUCCUAUGUCCGCACGCACUAUUACAACGAGGACCAUGUCGAUGGAGGGACUAUUACCAGUCCCAGCGGGCAGCAGAGGGCUACGCUGCUCAACAUCUGCGAGCGGCUGCACGGCACUCUCCACGGCAACCCUCAAUGUCAUCCACGCUAUGGUGGAUGA